CUGGAGAGAGAGCGGAGCGCUGCGCGUUUCUUGGAGAGGUGAACGUGAAGAAGAGGGACUUUACCGGGGCUCACAGAGGGAUUUCGUGAUGCGCUACUCAUGCGUAAAAUACUGGCACCGUCUCCAGAGCGCAGAGGAAAAACAGAGAGGAAACAUCACUGGCCAAAAACCACCGAGUACGCACCGCAAACCUCAGCGAGGUCACGUUGUGCUCGUAAAAAACAUUUCUAGUAUUUAGCUUCGGAGAGAAGAGAGAAGGAGGACCAGGACGAUCCCUGCUUCUGGUGUGAGGGGGGACAAACGCAGCAUCGCCAGGAUGUCAUUUUUUACAUUUUCACAGAGGGAAAUUAAAAUAGUGAAUUUUUGUGGACGAAAAGUGUAAAACAAAAAGGUUCUUUUGAGAACGACAAAGAAAAUCCAAAAGUGGGGACGCUCAUCGCAGUGAGUGUGAAGCUUCUUUUUUUUCUUUCUUUUUUUCUUCUUCUUCUUUUAACAACACCUAACAGAUUCAAGACGAGCCAACUGUCCUGGAGCGAAAUCUUCAACCGAAAAUAUCUACAUGAUAGGACAUUUUAAUAACUGAUUGAUAAAGAGUCGGGAGGAGUUUUCUCUCUUUUCUCUCCGAUGAUGAAAUGGAUCCAACAAAUGGAUUUUCCCUGGAUGAUGACUGGCUGAUGAAAAAAUAUACUUGAAGUUGAACAUAAAUAUAUAUAUUGUCAGUAUCUUUUAUUUCUUUAAUUCUUUUUCUCAAAAUGGAAACAGACUGAUAGGUUCAGCCUCAUUCCCACCUCUGUUCAAACAUGGAGAAUGUGUCCAUCUCCAGAGAUGCACUGCCACUCUGUAACGACUCUGUGGACCUCUACUCCCCCACGUCCAGGAACAACACUGAUUUGAACUGCACUUUUCCCUCCGAGUUUUACUUCGAUGCUGAACUUUAUGUCAUUAUUCCCAUCAUUUACUCUGUAAUCUGUGCAGUAGGACUGACUGGCAACACCGCUGUCAUCUAUGUCAUCCUUAAAGCCCCAAAAAUGAAAACAGUAACUAACAUGUUCAUUCUGAACUUAGCAAUUGCAGAUGAUUUGUUCACAUUAGUGUUGCCCAUCAACAUAGCUGAACACUUGCUGAACUACUGGCCUUUUGGUGAGGUUUUGUGCAAAGUUACCCUUAGUAUAGACUACUACAACAUAUUCUCCAGCAUCUAUUUCCUGACAGUCAUGAGCAUUGAUCGCUACCUUGUUGUUUUGGCCACUGUGAGGUCCAAGCGCAUGCCUUACCGCACCUACCGAGCAGCCAAAAUCAUCUCGUUCUGUGUCUGGGUCCUGGUCAUCCUCAUCGUCAUGCCUUUCACUGUUUUUGCUGGUAUUGAUGUCAACCCGAACAACGGGAGGAAGAGCUGUGUACUGAUUCUACCCAGCCCUGAGAUUUUGUGGAUCAAAACAAGCCGGAUCUACACACUCAUCCUUGCUUUUGCUAUUCCAGUGUCAACAAUCUGUAUCUUGUACACCAUGAUGUUGUACAAGCUGAGGAACAUGCGGCUCAACAGCAAUGCCAAGGCACUGGACAAGGCCAAGAAGAAAGUCACCAUCAUGGUAUUCAUCGUAUUGGCUGUUUGCUUGUUCUGUUGGACACCUUUCCAUCUAAGCACCAUCGUGGCUGUGACGACAGACCUGAGGAGCACGCCUCUGCUGAUCGGGAUUUCCUACUUCAUAACCAGCCUGAGCUACGCCAACUCCUGCCUCAAUCCUUUCCUCUACGCCUUCUUGGAUGACAGCUUCAGGAAAGCCUUUAAGAAGAUGCUGGAGUGCAGACCAGCCUGAAGUUGAGACACUUUAAACUUGCUGAGGAGGUUCACUGGAAUCAUGUGAGCAAUCAGGAAAGGGGGAAGCAAUGAGGAUAAACUGGGAAAGAUGCACUUUUCUUUACAUUAAAAUCAGAUUUUUUCUAGAUGCAGGUUGAAUCAAUCAAUUUAAAACCUUUUAAGGGAAAAGUUGCACAACAUUUGCAUAUGAUUAAAACAGAAAACACCAUCAACUCCAGGCAGCAUUGCUAAUAUGACACUGUAAACCAAGAAAACCAAAGUAAUCAGAAAAAAAUGAAUUUAUUCAAAUGUCCGGCUUCAUAUAAAAAGAAAACUGGAGGCCAGGUUUUUUAAUUCAUCAUAUAAUGUGGGCAGAAGUAAAUAUCAUGAAGUGGAAGCAGAUUAAUGUCAACUAUGUGUUUAUUCUGGGAAAACAGCCAGAAUAAGAGCAAUAUUGUUUACAGUAGUAAAGGACAAUGGCUGAUGUAGUGAACAGUAAUGGCACUAAAAAGCAAACCUGCAGCCA